UUUUUUUUUUUUUUGGCUCUACAGUGAAUAUUUCGUAGGUGAGGAAUGAGUUGGCGGUUUAUCUGGGAGCCAGGGAGAAUAAAUGCAGUUGGGUUAUGCUGGUGGUGAAAAGGAGGUUGCAGAAGGACAUGUUAUGACACUGUUUUCCCAGGUUGACUUCAACCAGUGGUAUUUUGAAGAGAUAUGAUAUUCCUUCUUGGUUGCAGGCAAAAGGCUGAGAUGUCUGUACUGUUCCUGUUCUCCCACUGCCUUUCUCUGGGACCUUGGGCAAGUCACUUGUCUCCCUGUCCCUGGGAGGGAAAAGGCAGUCAUCCUCACUGGUGUUACUGCCUGGGCUCAGCUGUGCUCACUGCUGGCCAGGGAUCUCUGGGUGCUGCCGUGAUCUGGCCACCAACUUUACUUUUAUGUUGCUUGCUGGAUCCCCCUCCCUUGUUCUGACAUGCAGUGAGGAGAUUCUUGGGUACAUUUUUACUGUUCAAACCUAUCACAGCUACAGCUGUGCAAGAAAGUCUGUAAUAGUCUAAAAAGAUCCAGACACAAUGGGAAGCAGUGGGCCCUGUGUGUUUAUAGCUUCAUUCUGGUGUGGGAAGGCAGCCUACGAUGAUCUUUAACUUAGUCAUUUAUGUUUGAAGCAGGCAUGUUAAGUCCAGCUUCCCCUUCUAGCAGCCAGUGUGUGAAUGAGAAACUUGCUUGUAGUUCAUGGGGGGGAUCAGAGAUAAUAAGUCCUUCCCUAACAGGCGCUUUGUCCACCUUUUGUUCCUUCAAUUCAGUAAAAACUGCUGUCAAAUGCUGCCCUUGCUUUCUACUGUUUGCAUUUCACCUUUGAAUUUUGUCUUUGUCAUGAUCUCAUUCCCAACCAUUCACAGAGAAGUUCUAGGAAAACAAAGCAUUAAAAAUGAGCAAAACAAAGGGGAAAAAAAAAAAAAAAAACAACUCUUCUGCCGACCCCUUUGAGCUGUUGGCUAUCUAGGAAAAGCUGUAUCAGAGCUGCAUCCCUGCAGCAGAUCCCUCUUGGAGCGAAUGUUUAUCAUCCAUGGUCCCAGUCCAGGUAAUAAACAAGAGACACAAUCCUGACUGCUUGGGAAGUGUCAGGGAACAUGUCUCAUUCCCCUCGCGCUGAGGAGUGCAGAAGCCUGUGACUUGAGGCACAGGUGGAGCAUCCCCAGGGUUGCCUUGUUGAUGAGGUUGCCUGUUCACGCGGGUUCGUUUGUAGAUCAAACUGCUUAUCUGUGCUUUUAAAGGCUCAGCCCCUUGUGGCCUCUGCUUGCAUCUCUGCUCUGCUUUCUUCUCUUUUGCUGUACCUGCUGCUGAUGUGCUUUUGUGCCGUCCCAUCUUCUUCCCUGAUCAGAUGCUGGGGACGCCUUCCUCUGGCAAAUGACCUCCUGGAAUCCUUUCUGCUGAAUGUGUAUCCUCUCCGCAACUUACUGAUACUGCUUUGCCAUAAGGAAAAAAAAAAAAAAAAAAAAAAAAAGAAAAAAAAAAGUAUGGUCUGCUCUGCUUUGAAAGAGACAGCUUAAUGGUUUCCAGAGUAGCGUGUGUCAAUACCAAACUGUCUGCUGAAGCAAGAGCUGGAUCCUUUGGGGGCUGAGCCCCUUCUAAGACUUGCUGAGCUUGCUCUACUCUUACUGAAAAAUUGCAUGGAGCUGUCUGGGGUUUUGCUGGAGGCAUCUGACAAGUAGUGAUAGCUGAGCUGUUGUUUAGAACUGGCGUAGACACUAUGUCUGGCACAAGGUUGUAUGACUGAUAGGCUGUGACCUGCCUUCUCCUCCUGGAGGGAGUGCAUUUCACAUGGGAAUCCAUGCAGCAACUGCUGGGGCUGCAGCCUGAUGCAGUUUUUCAAAGCUGUGACUUUGAUCAGAGGAGUGUUGCAGCAAGGAGAAGGUUAAUUUUGGCCAUGCGGGGAUCAGACCUUCCCUUCAAACAGUUGGAUGCAGUGGGGGAAAUGGCCGGCCUUGUGGCUUGCAGUGGUUCCAGGAGGGAAGCAAGGGAAGCAGCAAAUGCCCUGAUUUUAGCAGCUCCCCCUUCUGACAGGGCCCGAAGAGCCCACAGGGACAGUCUUGGUCCCCGUGGGCAGCUCUGGCUGCUGUGAUGCCUUCUCAGCACCUCCGUCUGCCUGGCCCCUGCUCUUGAGAGAUGCUGACAGGUCUCUGCUCUGCAGGAGGCUCUGUGGUUUGCCUUUGGGACCGGUGGCAGACUCAGGGUCAAGGGGAUGCAAAAUCAGCACAAUGAGAAGAGCAAGGAGAGUGGAGGGGGGAGGCUGCCCUUGCUUUGAUCACUGGAAAGGUAAAGCAAAAAUAGAGCUUAAAAACCCAGCCAGGCAAAACAAGGCUGCAGUGGUGCUGAUGGUUGUGUUCCCGUAAGCUCUGCUCUUCCCUUUCUUCUCCCCCGCUGGGGUCAGCCCUGGUUGCCCAAGUUUCCUCUGCUGGACAAUGGGAAGCUGCUCCUUUAGUAACCCCCUUUUCAAAGGGCCUUGAGCCCAAAACGAGUCACAUCUCUUUAAUUAUUUAUUGGCGUGGCUGAGCCGGCAGCUGGGUCCUGCUCUCCCAUGUUCAGUGGGGCUGGGCAUUUUAAUCCCUUUAAAGCAAGCGAGUGGGGAAGGGGAGGUUCGGCUCUCGCGCUCCCCAAGGCCUGCGGGCAGAUCUGGGGAGGGGGAAGGAGCUGGUCCUUGCCAGCCAUUUAUCCAGGCAGCACUGAAUGCUCGCUGAGAGAGGUUUGAAAUACGGUGGCUGCUCAUAAUGAGCUGCUGGUGCCGGCGGAUAAAUCACCAGCACAAUUUAAUUAUUUAAUGCAACCCAGUGCUGGGGAUGCUGUUGCUUAAUUGGAGGGGAAUGCAGUAGCCAGGAAGGAGUAGAGCUGAGACCAAACCUGGCCUGGUGCAGUAGGGAAAUGCUGGGUUUCUGCAGCAUUUUGGGCAGCAGAGACCUGAAGCAGAGCGGGGUCUUUCUGCCUCAGUCCACUCAAAUCUGGGGCAUUGGCCUGUUAGAGGCUACAGCUUGCAGCCUCACCAGAACACCCAGAGCUUCUGGCCUCCCAUGUCCCUUGGGUGUUUUGUGUUUCUGGCGUGCUCAGUCCUUGUCCUCUAUCCCAGCCUCUAGCCUUGCUCAGCGGCCAAGUGUUGAGGUCCUGAGGGGUGAGUGGAUCCCUCCUCUGCCUGAUCCUGCUUCCCGUUGGUUGAUCCCACCAUGUCCUUGGCUCCAGAGGAGCGGCUGUCUGUGGGAGGCUGUACCUGCCCUGAGACGCUUCCUCCUGGGAGCAGAGGGCAUGGGGUGCGAUCUGCAGCUGGCUCAGCAGCAACACGGCUCUGCCAUGCCUGUCUCUCUGCCCACCCUCUUUGAGUGGCACUUCAAGGGCUAGAAACUUGCUGGGCUCGGCUCUUUCCUCGUCCUCCCGGCAGGCAAUGGGAAGAAUUGAACCACAGCCCAGGAGACCAGCCGGCUUCACAUGGUUGAUGCCUCCAGCAAAGUCAAACCAGCCGCCGCUUCUGCUGUCCUCUUUGUCCCCUUGAAGGAGGAAUCCCCUCUCGAGACAGAGGAGCCUACAUUGCCUGGGGCCUGGCCAGCUGCUGUGGCAGCUGACGGCUCUCCAGCUGCCUGGAGUUGGGCAAGGAGAAUCCCAGAGCCUCUGGCAGGCUUGACCAGUUGUCAGCAGAGCUUCCUAAAGCUGAUUGGAACUGCUUAAAGUGUGCCUAAAGUGUUGCCUCUUGGUGCGUAGGCUGUAGCUGUUCCCCAGCUGUAUGGGCAAGGCAUGGAGGAGGCUGCAUGCAUUGGCCAGCCCUGGUCAUAACUGCAGCUUAAGGCAUCAUGCUGUAUUGCCUGUUGCACCUCUCUCCUCUUCCUUCAUGGCCACAGCAGUGUUGCCUCCAGUCACUCUUGUACAUCCUACACAGGUUCCUCACUUUCUUCUCCCAGCACUGGGUGUAGGAAAGAUGGUUCUGUUGUCUUGCUGUUUCAUUUGUCUUCCCAGCAGCUUUGUGUUUGUACUGAGACAUUUCUCUGAGAGCCAAGAGCUACUCAUGCUUGCUCUGAUGAGACCACUGGUGGGCAAACCAGGCUGCCUCUUCCCCUGGCCCAUUGAAAAGCUGGUGGCUCUUCUGAAUACCCUUGACAGAUGGAUCGAUGAAACUCCACCAGUGGAUCAACCUUCUCGCUUUGGGAACAAAGCCUUCAGGACCUGGUAUGCCAAACUAGACCAGGAAGCAGAAAAGUUAGUGGCAACAGUGAUUCCCAAGCAUUUGGCUGAUGCUGCACCAGAAGUGGCCGUGUACCUGAAAGAAUCCGUGGGGAACUCCACGCGCAUUGACUAUGGCACAGGGCACGAAGCUGCGUUUGCAGCCUUUCUCUGCUGCCUCUGCAAAAUCGGUGUACUCAGAGUGGAUGACCAGAUGGCCAUCGUCUUUAAAGUAUUUAACAGGUACCUAGAAGUGAUGCGAAAACUUCAGAAGACCUACAGGAUGGAACCUGCUGGCAGUCAGGGCGUGUGGGGCUUGGAUGACUUCCAAUUUCUACCUUUCAUAUGGGGCAGUUCCCAGCUGAUAGACCAUCCAAAUCUGGAGCCUCGACACUUUGUUGAUGAGAAGGUGGUAAAUGAAAACCAUAAGGACUUCAUGUUCCUGGAGUGCAUUCUCUUCAUUACAGAGAUGAAGACGGGCCCCUUUGCCGAGCACUCCAACCAGCUCUGGAACAUCAGCGCUGUGCCCUCCUGGUCCAAGGUCAACCAGGGCCUCAUCCGCAUGUACAAGGCAGAGUGCCUGGAGAAGUUUCCUGUGAUCCAGCACUUUAAGUUCGGCAGCCUGCUCCCCAUCCAGCCUGUGACUUCCUAAGGAGGCCGCGGGAGGAGUUGAGGCAGCAGAGGCGUAGCGCGGCGCUCUUCCUCCUCCCCUCACCCCCUCCUCAUCACCUUGCCCGUUACACACAGCCCAUUCAUUCCUGCACAUCCUCAUCGGCAACCACAGAUCCAAAGCACUCGCCGGCCUUGCACAGGAGACGGGACCCGGAGCGGCUCCUCCUGCACGUCCCCAGCACGGGGAUGUCUCGCCAGCGACAGCGGCUGUGCUUCUCCACUCCGCUGCAUCCACGGGCAGCACGACUGCGGUGUACAGCGCUGGGCAUGUGAAUGGGGUUUGAGUAGGGGCUGCCUUGCGGCAGAGGCCCUCUGCUUCUCUUCCCGGGAGGAAGGGGGUGUGGAGGGGAGGAAGGCACGUGUGUGUGUGUGUUGGGCAGUGGUAACUUGAGUUUCCCUUUUGAAUUUCAUUUGAAGUUUCCUGUUGCUGUUUGGUUUGGGAAACCACUGCAAGGGUUGAAGUGUGAACCUGCACGUGGCUGUAGGCAGCCACCUCUGCUUGCACAGGGAGGUCUGAAAUGGGUAAAGGAAGUUGUAGGGAAUGUCUGUGGGUUGCUGGAAGCCCAGGGUGCCAUCUCUCCCUUUUUCUGGGUAAGGAAAGCCCCUUCCUUCCAUCUCUUCUGCAAAAUUCCCUGGGUCUUCCUUUCCUACUACCGCCUCUUCUCUUGGGUGACGCUGGGAACCUUCUGGGCUGUGGGGUCUGAGCUGGCUCUGGAGCCGAAACAAGAUCCCUGGAGGGACCUGGCUCUGUGGGAACCGCUAUGCAAAGACAGCGCUUGCGCGACGCCUGCUCAGGCUCCCUCUUAACGGGCACAAAACCUCACACGUUCGCACACGUUCAUCACUGGGUCCAACCUGCCCUCUGCAUUCCCCGUUUCCUCCUCUGUGCUUGGCUGCCCCGGGGCUGGGCUGGCCUCAGUGGCACAAGGUGACCGUGGUUGCUACUGCUUGGUCAUCACCUGUAGUGACAGCCCCAUAGCAAAGGGAUUUCCCCACGAAGCAGCAUGUUCCCCAGCUCUUUUAGGGAGGCAUCCCCGGAGCAAAGGCAGCAUGAGGGGGCAAGCAUGCAGCUUUACGUGCAUUUAUAUACUUGCGCUGGAAACAAAAAGCAUAAAUAGCCCAGGACAGUGGGUUUUACCUGGAGAAAGAUCCUUCCCUUUGUCAUUCCCUGCUGGUGUUGCUGUGCUGGACCUCACGCAGAGGGACUGCUCUUCCAGUGCCACUGGCAGCAGCGUCUCAAAGGCAGGUGAAUGGAUGGAGACAUGGCCCAGAUCAUACCAGCAGCCUCCUUAGGAGGGCAGAAGCGGCUGGUGCUGGGGUUGAGAUGAGUUGUCGUGUCCACAGGCCUCGACCGAGGUGGUUCACAACUUUGCAGCUGGAGUAGGGAUGUUUCUCUUGGGGUUCCCAGGCAGGGUGUGAGGGGGGACAGGGCUCCAAUCGUGUUUGCUGGGGGUCAGUGGUGGCAGGGAUCCUUUCUCUGGCACUCCUGCAGACCAUGGAAGGGGCAGUGGGGUUGCCCCCAGCCAGGCUGCUCGGCUUUUGCUGCUGCACUGCUUUACUGUUGGGAGGUGGGGGGAAAGCCUGCUUGUGAUUUUUUUUUUUUUUUGUUCGAUUUUCUUUUUGCCAAACCUAUUUGCUCCCUCUCGUAAAAGUUCUCGCAGACGCUCAGGGGAGGGAGAGUAAGAAAAGAGUCGAAAUUAAGAGGCAGUGAAAUGCAGGUGUCCGCAGAGCUAAAGCAGAACUUUCUAGCACUGCUACUGUCCUGUCUGCUCCUGGCUCAGCCCUGGGUGAGGGUUGCAGGGACACAAGGAUCUUUUGACCUGCCUGAAACAACUCUAUAAACUUGCAUUUUAAAUGAAAAUGAAAGACUGGGGUUAAGUCUUGUUUUCCUCUUAAAUGGGAUGUGUGUUUUGUUUUGGCUUUCCAUAUGGACCCACUCCUGGAGUGGUGCUGGAGAUGGUGUGUUUGCUGGGACUCGAUGAGUCCAUCUCCAGUGGAGCCAGUUUGGCAGCCAGCGCCUGGAGCGGAGACCUCAGGCGUCUCCACCUGUGCCCACUCACGUUGCUGGGUGGCUUUUGGCAAGUGUCACUGUGCUUUAAAUGGCUGUGCAGCAUCUGGCUGACAAUGGCUGAGCUAAAGCCCGUGGUUUCCCAAAGCUACCCGAGGGCCAGGAAUGCAUCUCUCUUGGUCAUCUUAUGGAAAUGGGGCUCCCGUGCAAAAGGAUGGGUGGAAAUGUUGACAUCCAUGCAUGGGAGAGACACCAGGAAUGUGAAAUACAGCACCAAAAAAGGGUGGGGAGGUGCUUCCUUCCCCUGCAGCUGCAGCCACUGCUCCCCGGGGACGGUGUCCCUGGGCUUGGGACCUGCCGAGGAGGUGGGAGGUGGCUCAUGUAGAGCUCUGUGUUUCUUGCUUGCCUGAGUCUGCACGUCUGUCCUGCUGGAGAUUUUUGGACUUCAAGCAGCUAAUUCUUGUUUGAGUCUUAGCCUGCUUGGGAUGUGCCCCGCUCGCGUGGCAGUCAGCUGCUUGCCUUCCUCUGACUCCCACCGACAUCCAUCACUGGUUCUCGGGGCUCUGCUCCUCUCCUGCUGGGUCCACGCACGUAGCAGCACCCAGGGCCGCUCAGUGUCGGAAGCAGCACUCCCCAGCCUCCUCCCACAUUGUGGUUUUAAUUAAAGUCUCUGUGUUUUGCACCGGUGACUCUGCUGGUCUCUCACAGACUGGGGUUUGCUCCUGCUUUUCGGAGCGGAGCCAGCGAAGCCGAUGGCUGGAGCCUUCAGCACAGGGAAGAGGCUUUAUGGAGGCGCUUGCCGUGUCGGUGGUUGAUCUCUUGCUUGCACCAAAAUUGACUUGUUAUUUAACUGCAUGAAGCAAGUAUACCCAGUCUGUCUUUGUAUCCUCCUUAGGUGUCUUUCUGUCAUCUAGUAUGUUUUAUUUAUUUAUUUAACUUUUUUGCUAUGCCCACCCCCUCUCCCCCAGCUUGGAUUUGGCAGGUAGGUGAUGUGCGAAGCCUGUUCCCAGGCCAGCAAAUACCUCUUGAAGAUCAGAGACUCUUAUAACCAAAAGACGUUUGAGCCUUGUUUCUGAGGCAGGGUGAGAACUGGAACCUUUUUCUUCAGAUGUUUUUCCUGUCCUGCUGUAGGGGCUGACUCAGGACUUUCAGCAUCAGUUUAGCUCAGCAGCUUUGUUGGAUUUAUAUAGGAAAUUAUACCUGGACCUUCUCACAAGUGGUUGGAGCUAACAUAGAUGUGCUUUGCAAAUGCAAGUUUUCUUGUCACUGGGUUAUAUCUUCUCCGUCAACGCAGGCCAACUGUGUGAGUGCAUGUUGCUAAAAGUGGCAGCAGCGUGGAGGGAUGGAUGGUGAGCAGAAAUGUCAUCUUGGAUCACAGAUGUUUUCUUUGAAGACACUUGAAUUCAUCUUGAACUUGUCCCUUGGUGAACAUGACGUGCAGUGAAGGGGAAGCAGACGUAGUGUGGGUUUCUCGCCAUCUUCCCGCUCAGCCCACUGACCAAGCCAGUUUUUUUAAAUUCAGUUUUCAGAACCGGAUCCUUCGGGUUUGCAAUACGUAGGCUGGUUCAUGUUUCUGUUUAACAGCUGCUGCCUUUACACAGGGCGCGUUUUGCAAAUCACCAUCAACCUUCCCCCGUCUCUUUCUUUGCAGCCCUCCUUUACAAAUGAUUGUUCAUGGCAGCCAGUAAUAAAUGAAGUAAGAGUUAAGAGAAGCAGCCUCGUGCGGUGAUAGUAGUAAAAGAAUAAAAAAUAGAACUGUUUCAUGCCAUUGUUGCUGUAUUAACUUGUCCCCGGUGUGCAGCUCAGUUCCAUUACGUAGUGCUGGGUUCCUGCUAUUAAAUAAACAAAGAAGUCCCCACUGCAGGACCAGCGUUUGUUGAGCAGCAAAACCUGAGCUGGCAGCUUCCAGGAUGAAGAUGUACUUCAGACCCCAAGGAACUGGUGUUGAACCACACAAGAGCCCUGGAGGCCGCACCGUGUCCCUGCCACUGCGUUGACUUCCUGAGAGAGGGAAGGAGGCAGAAAUGGGUGGGAGAAGGUGAAAUUGGUGGUUGACGAUAACUGCUAGUGUAACCUCAAUUCUCCUGCCGCCCGUGUGCCAGCGGGAACCUUCUGCAGUUGAGAAGCUCACGGGGAUCUCGCUGCUUCAACAAGGACUCUCCUGGCUCAGAUGUAGAGUUUAACAGGACUUUUGGAGGUCAUUUCAUGCUCUAAUAGCCAAGAGGAGAGAUCUUCAUCCUUUAAGGUUGCUUCCCCUUCGGUGGAUGAGCACUCUUCCCACUGACAUCAGAACAAACUCCUUGAGCAUCCUGGGGACAGACACGUCUUUCCCUGGACUGAUCUUGUAAAAAUUGUGCCAAGCUUCAAACUAGGAUGAGCCAAAUUGAGAAAGGGCUGCCUCCACAUCAGAUUUAGUGAGGACUGAACCAUGACGGGCAUCUCCAGCUUGGAGAUACGCUCGUUCUGAAGAGCACAAGGCUGUGAGCAGGCUUUGGAGGUUAGAAAAGGCUUUUGAGGGGGUGGAGUGGGUGCUUCUGCUUGCUAUAAAAAGCCUGGGCUUGGGAAUGUCUACAUCGGCCGGCUCUACGCAGGGCGUAAAUACAGUUGUCGCUAAAAUUGGAACGAGUCACUCCCGUGUUCCCAGUUGCAACUGUAACACAGAUAAUAAAUAACAUUGAAAUCCCUCAUCAAAA